AUGCAAUCUUUAAACGUUAGCCGCCCCAGCAGGCAACUGAACGGAAUGCGAUGGAGAGGCACCUCAGUUAACAUGAAAAUAGUUUUGUCAUUUAAGCUGCCAACUCCCUGGGCGCGAGAAACAGAGGUCUUCAUUACGCAUCCCAACAACAUUACUAAAAUUGAAGAGUUCAUUUUAUCUGCUUUCAUCGGCGCUUCUCUUUUUGUUUUUGCCUUUAUUUCUUUUCUUUUUAUCCAUUUUUGUUUUUUUCUUUUCUUUUGUUUUUUUCAUUAUUUUCUUUUUUCUUUUGUCGUUUCUUUUGUCGUUUCUUUUUUCUUUUCUUUUUUAUCAUUUUCUUUCAUUUUUUUCCUUCUCUUUUUGUAUUAUGUUUUUUUUUAUUUUUUCUUUUGUCUUUGUUUUCUUUUUUAUUUCUUUUUCUUUUCUUUUGACUUUUGUGAUUUUUAUGUUUUCUUUUUCUGUUCCUUUUUUGUAUUCAUUUUUUCUUUUCUCUUUCUUUUUCUUUUCUUUUAUCUUUUGUGUUUUUGCUUUUUUGUUGUUCCAUUUUUUUUCUUUUUAUUUUCUUUUUUUUCUUUUAUUUUUUCUUUUCGUUUCUUUUGUCUUUUUUUUAAAUUUUUUGCCAUUUCUUUUGUUGCUUCAUUUUUAGUUAUUUUUUAA